AUGUCUGAUGACAGUCAGCCAACCGUCUCGGAGCGGAUUCUGGGCGGGGGCGGCGCUGCCUCUAUAGCGGUGGCGUGCACCAACCCGUUUGAUGUGGUCAAGGUCCGCCUCCAGCUCGAGCGGCAGCGUGGCGGAUCGUCGGGCGCGCUGCCCGUGCUUCGCAACAUCGUCGCGGCUGAGGGCCCGGGAAGCCUCACCAAGGGGACCGGGUUCGCCAUGCUGCGGGGCCUCACAUACGGCGGCCUCAGACUGGGGAUGUACGAGCCAGCGUCGAGCGGCGCAGGGGGCGCGGCGUCGCUCUUGCAGGGUGUGCGCCGCGACGGCGUGCGGAGCCUCUGGACGGGCACUGCGCCCUCCAUGCAGCGCUCGGCGGUGCUGACCGCCUCGCAGCUCGCCACCUACGACCAGAUCAAGCAGUUGCUCGCGAGGCACACGGGCGCCUCGCCCGCCGCGCUUCCGACGAUGCUGACCGCCUCGAUGCUCGCUGGGCUCGUCACCACCACGACAACCUCGCCCUUUGACGUCGUCAAGACACGCGCGAUGGCCGCGGCGAGCGGAGGCCAGGCCGGCGGCGUGCUGCAGGGAGGCACUUCCGCCGCGAUGGCGGCCAUCGUCCGGUCGGAAGGGUUCGCCGGCUUGCUCCGUGGCUGGCUUCCAAACUACCUCAGGCAGGGACCGCAGACGCUGCUCUUACUCAUCCUCAACGACAGGCUGACGUCAGGGCUGACAGAGCGCAGGCGCGCCGCACUGUGA